GUUUGAUAUGCUUUGGACAGAACCAAAUGUAACAUAGAACGACCGAUUUCGCUUUUAAUGAAAAUGGCGAUCAAAUUUUAAGCACAUUUUUGGAGCUGCAGCCAUAUUUUGACCACUAGAGUUGGUUAAAUUGAGCGUUAAAGCUAAGGGAAACCUUGAACAAUUUCAGUAGCAAUGAGGUUAUAUUAUUUCGUCGCUCUGGCGUUAAUCAUCAAGCCCACUUGGCAAGAACUGGUCUGGGAAGAACUCACAACAAAGUCUGGUUCUAUAAGCCCAAGGAGAGAUGCAGCCAUUGCUUACCAAGAAAGUGAGGAUGCUGUGUAUAUAUUCGGUGGCAAGUCGGUCAAGAACAGAGCACUGGAUAAUAAUAUGUACAAAUUUGAUUUGAAUACAAAAAUAUGGACAGUGCAAAUCAACAAUCGAGAUGUGCCGAAUGCCAGAUUUAGCAUGGUGUAUGGUACCAAGGGAAACUAUUUCUACAUUGCUACAGGCGAAGGUAUCAUGUUUAUACUGAUAAGAAUUAGGUUAACCAGUUUGUCGCUUCAAGACAAUGGUUAACUUGAGAAAAGUUGAAAAUUAAACUAUAUCUCGUCUUUUUAUUUGCCACCAAAUACAAGACUAUAAUGAACAUAAUUAUACCAUUAUUUUAUCACUCUGAUAAUCUCUGUUUGACCGCCGUUUACUGCACGAUGAUGCUCAGUGAAACCCACCUUUGUAUACGUUUAAGUCGUUUAAUUUGUAUUUCUGACAGGUUAAAGUUGAAGGAAUAAGAUAUAAUAGUGAGAAAUAAAUCAUUUACCCCGUAUUUCUUUCAAGAUUAGAUGUCCAGAAAUGAAAGCUUUUUGUUCUGGACUCCGUGUAUGGUGGCUUCGAGCUCAUUCGCUCAGCUCGUUCAUUGCGUCACAAAACACUGGAUGCUUUUUAUUAUUAUUCCUUCCAGAAAUAUUCCAUAUUUGCAACUGGUAUGCCAUAAAUUUUCUAUGAAUAUAUCUGACAUUUCUGCGCAGUUUUCCAAAAGGAAGAAAUAUUUUCCGCGCAAAAGUAAGACUAUAUUCAGUCUGGGGUAUAUCCUUGCUCUGUUCGCUAAACAGGGUGUAUAAAAAAACCGAACAGAUUUAAAAUUGCUCUCAAUUUCGCAAAAAAGCUAUUAGUAUCCAGGUUUUGAUGUAUAUAGCUUCUUUGGGUACGUAUAAUGUAGAAUAAUGGAAAAACUUCUCCGGCGAACUCAAAUUUUGUGAACCAGGGGGGUGUGUCUUUUCCAACAAACUAAAAAUGGCUUGCGCACGAAAUUUAAAAGCUUUAAUCGUAUUUUGAGUUAAUGGAUGAAAAAUUGUUGGGUUUUUAUAAAUUACUGUACAAAAUUUCAGACAAUUUGCUUUAGUUUAAGCUUUUAAAUUUCGUGCGCAAGCCAUUUUUAGUUUGUUGGAAAAGACACCCCCCUGGUUUACAAAAUUUGAGUUCGAGAAAUUUUUUCAUUAUUCUACAUUAUAAGUACCCAAAGAAGCUAUGAAAAUAAAAACUGAAUACUAAUAGCUGUUUUGCGAAAUUGAGAGCAAAUUCAUUUCUGUUCAGUUUUUUUAUACACCCUGUAUAUUUCGCAGAUAUUGACAGCAGUGGAAAGUCAACCUACUACGAUGAUUUUUGGAGAUUUCACUUCCCAACCAGUAAAUGGGAAGAAAUGAGUUCGAACAACAAUAAACCAAAGAAAAGAUCUUCGGCUUCAGGCGGCAUCCAUGAGGAUGACUCAUCCUUCGUAUUGUCUCAUGGUUCAAAUGAUGAUGAUAAGUUUUCAAACACGUUUUCAUACGACAUUGACCAACCUGCCUCCACCCGCGCCUGGGAAGAGAUCCACUCAGGCACUAAUAAUUAUAAUCCCAGUUACCCGCAUGCCCGAUAUCAGCAAGCUGGUUUAAUGGUAUCGAAAGAUAAACUGUUGCUAUUUGGGGGUUGUUUGAGGUAAAUGAAUAACUGUCAUGUUUUGAGGAAAAGUUGUUUGCUAUGCUAUAGACUUAGUUAUUUGGUUAGCUAGCUGGAUACUUAGUAUUUCGAGUAGUAAAGUGAAUUAGUUUCUAACCCUUUGCAGUGGUCAAGGCACAGGUGGCCCAUGUCCAUCAGAUGAUUCCUGGACGUAUGACAAAGCUUCCAAUGAAUGGUCAGAGCUCAACAGAUGUUCAUCUCCCAAGAUCUCGCCUGCCAUGGCGCGGUUACCAAGUGGAAAUACGUCAAUUCACAGAGUUGUAUUAUGGGGCGGGAAUGCUGAUAGUAGAACGACAUUAGCGGUGAGAACAUCAUUUAGACAAUCACAUAGUGUUUUUGACAAUUUUCAGAAGUGGGUUGAGGCAUUUUCGAAUUUUAAAAAAAUUUGGUGUGGUCCCCUCUUUCGUGAUCCUAUAAUUGUCUGUUGUUGCCAGCAGGUUUGGGGAUUUGUUGGAUGAAAAAUCGUAUAUUUAACAAGUAUAAAACAUUUUCCGUGUUGAUAUACAGUUAUAUCAACACGAGUGGAAAUUGGGAAAACGAGAAUUUCCACGAGUGUUGUCAGAUAUAACUAUAUAUCAAUACGGAAAAAAUGUUUUAUAUUUGUUUUAUAAUAUAGCGCAAAGAAACAUAAAGAAAGAAAUUUUCCGACGUUUCCGUGUUGACAUUAGUUAUAUCAACACGGCUCUUAGCCAAUCAGCGUUCAGAAUUUACAAAUGCUAUAUUAUAAAAUAUGGCCACGCUAAUAGUGUAUUUACGCACGUUCAAAGAACACACACAUUCAACACUGACAGCCUUUUAUUACUAAUUAAUUCGAUAUUGCUGAUAUUUUCAUCUUUAAACUUGUUUCCAGUCCGAUGACGACAAGGAGGAUGAGAUUGCGGUAUUUGACCCAGACAAAAAUGAAUGGAAGAUAAAAAAAACACAGGUAUAAUGAUAAUUGAUCCAUUCAGAACAGACGCGCGGCUGCUUUAUUCACUUGAAAUAAUUUGAAGAUCUUUGACCAAAACAACAAUGUUCAAACUGUUUGUUUUUACUUUCAGGCGAAAAUGACAUUUCCCUCAGCACGUGAAGGUCACGUGAUGGUGACGACAAAAUAUGGUGUUGUGAUGUUCGGUGGUGAAGAUCUGAGGUUGGUGUGAUUAUUGUUUGAAAAUUUACAAACUUAGACACAAAACUUUUAUGGAACAAUAAAUUAAG